UCCAGCAAAUUUGGGUGAAUUGAUUUUCGCUUUUUGUUUAUCGUUGAUAACUUACAAAAUAUUAUUUUUCGUAACCAGGAAUAGACAGGUGAUUUGCAAGGAAGGUUAUCAAUGAGUGAGCCAAUUAAUUAGCUGGAUUGUUUUAUUACAAUGUGAAAUACGUGUCAGUUUACCAUAACAUAGCUGGAAUUUCAAGAUAGCUAUUAAAGGGAAAUAAUCCAUGUAAUGGAAAACAUAAAGACAGUUGUACACUGUUUUUGAUAUCGUAGGCCAAUGUGACAUCACUCCAUCGGAAAACAGGAGUUAAACAACCAGCUACUACCAGUGUUUUAUUCUUGUCCUUUAUAUGGUAUGCGAUAACACCACUGUGGGAAGCAGACGUUAACCCACAAGCUACUACUAGUGUUUUAAUAGUUUGAUCAUUGAUCAACUUUAUUUACUGUUUGUUCAAUGUUGGGGGGUUUUUUGUUUUGUUUUUUUAAUUUGAAAAUAUUCUAACAGUAACAUGGGGAAAUUAAAUAUAUUUGAAAUAACAUUCUCUAACCCCCAGGGGGUGUUCUAUGGGGGACAACUAAUACAAGGUCAUGUGACAGUGGAAUUAAAUGCUGAAAUGAAAAUGAGAGGAAUAAGACUGCAUUUUGAAGGCGGUGCACGAGUUCACUGGUCAGAAGAACACAGUACAGGUACAGGUAAAGAUAGAAGAACCACCACCACACAUUAUUCAUCUAAUGAAACAUAUUUCAACCAUAUACUCGUUUUAUUUGGCAAAGGUCCAGGACAGAAGGGAGACGACCCAGUUUUACAAGCAGGAAGAUAUGUAUAUCCAUUUAAUUUCCAGUUGCCCACAGGAAUACCAUCAUCUUAUGAAAGUCAUACAGGGCGGGUUCGAUAUUCAGUGGGUGGUGUCAUCGAUCGUCCCUGGAAGUUUGAUCAUACAACAAAACGAGCUUUUACAAUCGUCGAUCCUUUAGAUCUGAAUCUAGAUCCACAAGCCAGGCAAGGUGCCACAGCAAAUGGCCAGAAGACGUUAUGCUGUUUGUGCUGUAAAUCGGGACCAAUUAGUGCUGUGUUGAGACUUGAUAGAUUAGGUUAUGUACCUGGUGAGGCCAUUCCCAUUUCUUGUGAAAUACAUAAUGGUAGUCGACGAAGUAUGAGCAGUUCGUUCGUUCAACUUAAACAAACCGUGCUGUAUCACGCCACAUCAAAGACUAAAACAAUGUGUAAUACUGUGUCUAAAAUUAGCCAUGGCUCCAUUCAACCUGGCGAUGAUGAUAUUUGGAAUGGAGAUCUACUGUCUAUACCACCAUUACCGCCUUCUGGUUUACGAGGAUGUCAAAUUAUAGAUAUAACAUAUACAGUGACGUUAAAUGUUGAUCCGUCUGGAGUAGGGACGGACCUAGUGGUGCCGAUGAAUAUUUUAAUAGGCUCCAUACCACUCCAGUCAGUAGCAAGACAGUAUGGUCCACCACCACCUCUCCCUCUACCUCCAGCAGGGAGUGAUAUACCAAUUCAACCUAUCACACCAUCAGCACCUUCUAAUAUAGAUAUACCUCCACCAUCCUAUGCAGAAUGUGCCUUUGGAAAGGUUAAUAUCCGUGAGGAGAAUGAUAAUGAACAUACACGAGGCAAUAUGGAUUAUGCUCCGGUUUAUACGUAUUAUAACUGGAAUCAACAUGACGCUAAUACAUUUGUGCCGGUAACUGAAGAACAAAACAAACUAUAACAAGCGUGUUGAUCCAAAGAAUAAUGAAACAGGCUUUACAAUAAGCAUUUCUAUCACAAGAAUAAUGAAACGGACUAUAAUCUUCCUUCGGUAUGCAUGUAUCAUAUAUCUGCUUGCUGUACUAUAACGAUAUACUUACACUGUAAAGUAUUAACGCAUCAUAUUGAAAACACUUGUGUCAUACAUGUAGCUCAAAAGGUUGCUCAAAAUAACAGAAUCUCUAUAAUCUUACUCAUCUUUAUCAAAAGCAUUUUGCUCCAAUUAAGCGGUAGACACAUUAGCUGAAUCUUUCGGACGAAUCAAUCGCAAGCGGUAGCGAAUUUUAUUCGGCCGAAUGGGUGGACACACUAGAAGAAUCUUUUUUUUUCCCUUUCACCAGUCGAUUGCAUCACCUUCACGUCACAUGAUUAAACAUGGCGGCGACUAUGUCUUCAAACACUCAGCAAACCCCAGCAGAUUCCAGUACCCUACAUCUAGCCUCGGCUAGCCAUGACGACGCCUUUGAAGACUGUUUUAUCUUACAACUAUUUCAAAGUCUGAAGCUGUUUUUUCUGUCAAGUUUAUCCGAUUUUCUUCAAACAAGGACAACUUUGCGCUGAAAAUUUUAAACGCAAUUUUGAUAACUUCUAUUUUAAAAGCGACAAGUUUUCCUAAUAAGUAAACCGGUGCCGCAACACAAUUGUAUAGGCGUAGAGGUAUAUAUCACUUAUCGUCAUACAGCUGAGGCUAGAUGUAGAGUAAUGGAAUUUUGCCGAUUGUGUCUUCAAACAAUCACGUGACUUCUCGAUAUGAGUGAAUGCUGAGUUGUUAUUGGCUAAUAAAUUCUACAAUCGGGCGAAUGCUUCGGCGAAGCUAGUGUGUCCACCGCUUAAGACAUUAUUCAGAUUGUAAUCUGGUUCUUGGACCUAAAAUACAAUAACAUUAUUGAAAUGAUAUAAUAGAUCAAAUAGAAAACACUACUACCUAAAGUUUAAAACAAGUGGUUGUUAUUUUAAGUAAAACUUAAUUUCAUUGCACAAAUAAAUUUUCCUUGUCAGAGGAUGUUCGGUGCUGAUGAAAUGAACACAAUUCGUUCGUUCGUUCCUAGAAGUUUACUCCCACUUCCACCAUGGGGUGAUAUCGUAAACACAACUCUGAAGUACAACAGUCUUAUAUUGCUUAUGGAUUAUAAUGAUAAUUAAAUUUUAAAUGAAAUACUAAUGUCCAUUUCUUGACCGCCAAAUCCAUCCAUAAGCAUGCCCAACGAGCAUUCAAAGCCAUAAACUGUCUACAUGUCUAUACAAUGUAACUUACAAAUGAGGUUUUGAAACAAACUUGUAAGAGUUUUGCUGUAGCGAAUAUUUUGAGGUAAAUUGUUUCACAGUUUAGUGUAGAAGUAGCAAAGCUUCUAUCUCCGAACUGUUUUAAUUUUGAUUAUGGAAUGAACAAAACAAUAUUUAUUUCUAUCCAUGAGCAAAUGGGACCAACACGAUAAUUAUUUCUAUCCUUGAGCAAAUAUAAUGGGUCCAAAAUGACAUUUGGUUUUAUUCGCCUAGAUUACAGUAGAAUCUGCAUUAAGCAGCCACCCAAGGGAAUUUUCACAACUGACCGCUUAACGGGAGUGGCCUCUUAAUAAAAUCUCGUUGCUUUUUGUGCUGACAUAAAUUAAAUAUUACGCUUGGAUGCAUUGGAAGCGGUAAAUUUGUCUGUCGCUGAAUCUUGCGCCGAACGAAAAUUCUUUACUCAAAUCUCGGACAUAAUUUACCGGGAGUGGCCUCUUAAUAAAAUCUUGGUGCUUUUUGUGCCGACAUAAAUUAAAUAUUACGCUUGAAUGCAUUGGAAGCGGUAAAUUUGACCGUCGCUGAAUCUUGCGCCGAACGAAAAUUCUUUACUCAAAUCUCGGACAUUACUUCUGUAAACUUGUCAUUUUGUACCAACCUUCGAUACUACUGUGAUGCAUUCGAUAAUAUUUAUCCAUUUUUGUGAAGAAAAUCGAUGAAUUCAUUUUAUUUUAUCAAAAAAGCACAUGAUCAAAAAAACAUCGCUAAUUUUAUCACCUAUUUACAGGGGGUGUAACUCUGUAUGUAAUAUUAUAGGAGGCGCUAAGAGAGAUACUAGAUGAUCGUGACUGUAUAUAAAAAAUGAAAUAGAACCUUUAGUCCAGUAACAGCAGAAAAUAUCUACAUUUACAUAAUUACUACAUGUAUAAUAAGUGAAAUAGAGUCUUGUAUCCAGUAUAAUGAAAUGAAAUGAAAUGAAAUGGAGUUUAACUCCUACUGUUCUGCUCCUAACCUGGGCUAAUGAAGACGGGCAUACGCCAUACAGUGUGCUAUAUUUCAUUUAUUAUAAACCAUUACGUACAUGUAUAUAUUUCUGAUGAUAUUUAAUUAGAAAUUAUAUUUCAUUUAUUAUAGCCAUUAUUUAAUAAUUAUAUUUCAUUUAUUAUAGCUAUUAAUUAAAAAUUAUAUUUCUUUUAUUAUAGCUAUUAAUUGAGAAUUAUAUUUCAUUUAUUAUAGCCAUUACGUACAUGUACUGUAUAUAUUUCUGUUGAUAUUUAAUUAACAAUUAUAUUUCAUUGAUUAUAGCCAUUACUUACAUAUACAUAUAUAUAUAUUUCUGACGAUAUUUAAUUAAAUAUUAUAUGAAAAGCGUUUCAUACAGCCUUUCCGCCAUUCAUCAGCCUAAUAAUGUAAGUUAUAAUCUUGCUUCCUGUUUUAAAUAUUUUUUUUUUAAAAUGUAUCCAGCAAACCUGAAGUGUUUGUAUUUAUAUAAAGAUAUACAAGUUUAUAAUAAUAUGUUUUAUUUUACUGUGUUCAGAAGAAUUUGUUUUUCUCUUUCUUUUUUAUUAAGAAUUUGUUUUCUCUAUUUUCGUGUAUUCUAUAUACAAUGUUCAAUAUGAUGUUAUCAUUUGUAUAGGUUCUUUGUGUAACCAAUUAUGUAUUCUUAAAGAUACAUUAUGCAAGAGCUAAAUCUGCCUAUUGGAGGUCUUUCUUUUGGCCUGAAAUGUUAUAUAAACUAUUAAUUAGACAUAAUUUAUUAACAUGAAAAGACCUUAAUCAUCUCUCGAUAUGUUGUCAUCUUAUGAGUCGGAUGUUCACUGGAUUUGAAUCCGAUUUACUGCUUAACGCUCAUUGAUGAUUUAAUCCUAAAAAUGCAUAAUCGAAACUAUUUUUUUUAUCGUACCGACUUAAGUAAUGAUGAUCGAGGCUAGGCUUUAAAUUCAAACAAUACUAUAUCGGUUCCGAAUUGAGCAAUUUGACUACAAUUUUCGGCAUAUUCCCUUUACAUUAUCUAGUUUUUAACUAUUAUAGUGGGAACUGCCAGCUAUUUAUCUAAUCUUACAUAAUGUAUCGUUAAGAAUUUGUUUUUCUUUUGUUAUUAAGUAUUUGAUAUUCUUUUUUUUUUUUUUAUUAAGAAUAUGGUUCCUCUAUUUUUAUUUAUUCUAUAUACAAUGCUCAAUCUAAUGUUGUCAUUUGUUAUCAUUUUAUAAAUUAUGUAUUCUUAAACAACGAUCGUCAAACGUCUUAUUUCGACAUCGCUACCGUUCUGUAUCCUUAGUAAUAGUCACCUUUUCUAUUGAAGUUGUGGUCAAACCGGAUAUUUGAUUGACUUCAGAUCGGAAGUCAAUAGACUUGGUCCCGUGUUCGAUCCCCGAGUUGGCUGAGAAAGUUCAUCGAGAUUUCCGGCGUGCCCCCACCCCACCCCACCUUGUUUGUGGUCAAGAUAUGAGGGCCUGGCAAGGGACAACGUAUAGUCGUACACAUUGGCGUGCCCACAUUGGUGUGCACGUCAAAGACCCAUUGGCAGGCGGAAUUUGAUAUUAGAGUACGGACGUCAUCAUCAGACCAGUCGGUGUAGCGGGACAUUACACCAUUUUAUUUCAUUUUAUUUCUAUCAAAACAAACUGUUUAGCGUGAAGAAUUAUUAACCUAGAUAUAUUAAAAUAGUAUUGUACGUCUAAUUUAAAAUAGAUAUUUCCAGUAUAUAAUCAAAGCAAA